AUGCCAUCAAACCCCUGGCACAGGCGUGUGCGACGUAUGCUCUUCGUGAGCGGCGCUGUCGGUACACUCUACUUCCUGUUCGGAUACGUCGGGGCGCGGAUGCGCGAUGCCCGCCUGCGCGCAAUGCGUGAGCGGCGUGAGAGAGAGACUCUCAAAGCCCACUUCACCUCCCUCCUCUCAACGAUCAGUUUUACACUAUACGCUCUCCUGCCCAACCUCGAACCCGCCCUCUUCGCAGCCUACCCCGUCGAGUCAACUUCUCAGGCAUUACAGGCGAAAUCCGCCCCUCCCGAAGUGACAUUCGACAGCAACCUUCGCCAGAUGACCCAGGAUGACAGUGACGGUGGCGUUGGAGCACUCGGCAGUCCGGCGGAUACCGGCACGACCGAGCCGACGCCGGCAAGCACACCCGCCGACUCACUUCUUCUCGGACACGACGGGUAUUCUACUGAUGGCGGGGUUGCUGAGUUGUCCGCCAGACGCGCACCGGAACCGGGGACUUUGGCUGAGUCGCUCGCGAGUGUCGCGUCGGAGAGCACGGACGCGACGGAGGUUACGUUGCCGGCGGAGAGUUGGGCCAGCGAGUUUACGCGGAGCAGCGACGACGAGCUGCUCACAUCCUCGACUAUCUCGCAGGCAAUCUCGCUGCCGCCCACUGAUACCUCUUCCGUCGUGCCCUCGCCGCAGAGCCAGAUGUCGCCGCUUGAGGCUAGCCCCCCGCACCGAAUCCAUGAGCCCGAGGCCUCGCCGCCCCAGGACCCGCGGACCAAGAAGCAACUGUGGCGCGACCUCAAGGUGCAGAGCCUCACUCGCGCCUUCGCCACCGCGUACCUCGUCCCGCUCAUCUACCUCCUCACCUCGUCCCAGCUUACGAUCCUCUCCCGCGGCCGCUACCUCGAAGACGUGCAGGCGGCGCACCGCGCGCGCGAACGCGAGGCUGCUGAGCGCGCUGCCCUCAAGGCCAUGUACACGCCAAAGUCGCUUUGGUCGUACCUUUCGCCCGACAACUAUGUGCCCGAGGCCCUCCGCUCCUACCUCCCGUGGUCGGUACCCGCUGACCCGCUGGACGAAGACCUCGCGCUCUCCCUGGAGGCCGAGCGCAACGCAGGCAACGCCGAUGCGGAGCGCCUCUUCCUCACCUACUCCUGGUGGCUGCUGAACGAGGGUUGGCGCACCGUCUCUGAGCGGGUGGAGGGCGCCGUUGACCGUGUCUUCGGCGGCCUGGGGUUGAAGCGUGAACUGACGGCCGAGACGUGGCCCGCGCUCGUGAAGGAGGUUCGCGCGCAAGUGGAGACGGACUCGGCAGAGCAGACCAACGCCCAAGGCCACCACGCGCACGGCAAGCACGCCCUGUUUGACUUCACUGCCGUCCUGCUUCCCCCGACCCCCCUGCCGGCACUGUACGACUGCCCCCUCCCCACGACACCAGGUGACAUCCCGCACGGCGCAGCCCACCUCGCAAACCUGCUCAGCCAGACGCGCGAGCACGUGAGCAGCCCCGACGCGCGCGCGCUCCUCGACACGGGUGUCAGCGCCAUGCUCACCAGUCUCACGGACGCUCUGCGUAACCCCGACGGCAGCGGGCGCCGGCGCCUGGCCGACAUCCUGCCCGAGCUGAACCGCUGGUCCCGCGGUGUGUGGGAGGGAAUUCCCGACGGCGGAGUUGAGGCGCUCCUUGCCCUGCCGGAGUUUGAGGCUUUCGCAGCCGUCAUCUUUGGCGACUGGGCGCCGAGACCGAGCCCGGUGCCAUCCGAGUAG